AUGUCACACGGACCACCGCCACUCGCCAGCGACUUCUUCGCCUUCAACGGCCAGACCGGAGGCGAUGGCGGACCGUCCGUGAUGACCAACGAUCAGGCCGCGGCUGCCAUGGCAACAGUGGCCGCGCAAUUUCAGCAGCAACAACAGCAACAGCAUCAACAGCAACAACAGCAGCAACUACAGCAGCAACUACAGCAGCAACUACAGCAGCAACUACAGCAGCAGCAGCAGCAGCAGCAGCAACAACUACAACAAGCAACGGACAAUGCCAUGAUGAUGUUUUUCAAUGAGCAGCCGGCCACCUUCUUCGACAGCUUCGAGGACAUGUCCUCCGGCCUUGCGCCGCACCAGCCAGGAUCCAUGUUCCCUCCGCCUCCACCAUCACAGGCUCUACCAUCACAGUCCACCACAGCAUCGCUGCCUUUCGACUAUGGCUCGAUGCGCGCAGCUGCCAAUGGUGACCAUAUCAACAUCAACAACGGCAUGCAAAUCAACGGCAAUACAACCGACGACAGUCCCUCACAGCAACAAGACAGAGACGGUGUCGAUGGCAACGUCGUCAUGGGCGGCGUCAACGAGCCUGGUGGCGGCCCGCUGCCUCUCGACAGCUUUACGAGCGGCGGGCCCAGCAGUGCAGCAGGCGGUGCCGCUGGUGCCGGGCCGGCCGGGGGUGGCGCUUUGACCGAGUUCACACGGCGCAAGAACUGGCCGGCCAAGGUCGUCGAGGAGCUCACCGACCUGCUGCAGAUCAUCGAGCCCAACGGCCGCAUCCGCUAUGCUUCGCCCAAUGUCGCCUCGAUCCUGGGCUACACGCCCGACGAGAUUGCGGGCCAGUCGCUGACCGAGCUGACGCACCCAGACGACCGCUCUGUGUUCAUCGCCGACCUCAACGCAUGCAUCGCCAAUGCAAGCAGCCUGCGCAUGUUUGUGCGCCUGCGCAAAAAGGACGGCGACUACGUCAUUGUCGACAUGGCCGGCCACGCCCACAUUGCCACCUCGCGCUUUGCGUCCAACCCGUCCAACAAGACCCCCUUUUGCCAGGCCGUGUUCCUCAUGUGCCGGGAGUACCCGACGAAGAACUCCAACCUACUGGACUCGUUCCUCGAGCACAAGAUGGAGAACGAGCGGUUACGACGUCGAAUCGACGACUUGCGGCGCGAGGAGGCGUCUGAAGACCACGACGACGAAUCGCACACGCAGAGCCAGAGCUGGGUCUGGCGACAGAACAUGGAUGCACCGUCCUAUAUGGCCACGUCUGGCGCCGCGGCCGCCGCUGUGAUGGGAUCCGCCAUGGCUAGUGCUAUAGCAAACAAUUCUGUCUACGGCGCCAACAACAACAAUAACAACAACAACAUCAACAACGACAGCAUGUCCAUGCCGCCACCAAUGACGCCACUCAAGCUCGCCAUGAUGCCAGGAGGCGGGCCAAACAAUGCCGCACUGACGCGCGAGAACCUCGAAGGCAUUGCCGCCCGGCCAGCCGACUCGUUGGGAGAUAAGAUGGCUCGCUACGAGGGUUCACCGGGCACAGGCAAGGCCACGACCGGCGCAGGGAGCACAGCAGCAGCGCCUGGCUCGAUGGCGGCGGGAGCCUCCACGAGUGCGGAUAGCGGACCGUUGUCCGGUGGCGGCAGACUGGCAGGCGCUGGUGUGGCUGGGCCGUCCAGCGGUAGCAAUGCUGCUGCCGCAGCCGGACUGCCCAUGUCCUCGACGGCCGACACGAUUGAAAUGCUCACGGGCCUGCGGUACCAGGAAGGCGAGCGCAGUCGCGGCUUGUCCACGGGCAACCGCAGCCCGCGGCUCAUCAAGGGCGAUGCAGGCAUUGCUUUUUCGGCGAACCGCGACCAGCGGGCAGGUGACAAGAAGAAGAAGGCGCGUCUCGCCGAAGAAUAUGUUUGCACCGACUGUGGCACGCUGGAGUCGCCAGAAUGGCGCAAGGGCCCCAGCGGCCCCAAGACGCUGUGCAAUGCCUGCGGUCUGCGCUGGGCCAAGAAGGAAAAGCGCGAAAAGAAAAAGGCGGCGGCGGCGGCUGGUGUGGUAGGAGGCGUCGGCGUGGCAAACGCGGCAGAGCCCGUCAACGCUUCCGGCGGCGGGUCGCCACGACGCGCGGAGUAA